AAUUCUGAAGAUUCUGAACUGAAUUUGUUUAUACUACAGCUACGAUUUGAACUGUGUGAUACUUCGCAAAAAUGUCGACUUUUGCGACCGGCAAUCUCAACCAAUACAUACAGUUUGUUGAGCGAGUGUACAGGACUGCACAGGGCAAUAUUUUGGCACGAUUACUGUCCUUAAGGGACGAGCAUGUGUUAAACAGGAACCUGCGCUCCAGUGACAUUGCCUCGCUCGUCGACGGCAACUGCAUCGCUCCUCUUGAUGAGAUGAUAACUGCUCAUCUUUUGUGUGUCAAAGCCCUCAAUAUGAAAGAUUACAUGGAAGCGUAUGAACAGCAAAGUGCCUGUGUGGCAGCAGUGGUAAGGUUGCUGCAGUCACAAAAAGAGGAAAAUUGGAGUCUCCCACUCAUGUACUCCACUUGUCUUGACUUAAGACUUGUUGCUCAGAAAGCUGAAGAAUGCAAUCCCCAAAGCAAUGGAAAAAUCCUAGAGAAAGCAGCAGAGAGUUUACUUGCCUGCUUUAGAGUAUGUGCAGCCGACAACAGAUCGUCAGAUGCUGAUACAAAGAGACUGGGUAUGCUGAACCUUGUCAAUCAACUCUUGAAAAUCUACUUCCGCAUCAACAAGCUGCAUUUAUGCAAACCGUUGAUAAGAGCCAUAGACUCUUCACCAUUUAAGGAUGAAUUUUCACUUGCACAGCAGAUUACGUAUAGAUAUUUUGUUGGACGUAAAGCAAUGUUUGAUUCAGAUUACCAAGUUGCUAACCAGUAUUUAUCAUAUGCCUUUGAAAAUUGUCAUCGCAAGAGCACAAAGAACAAGAAGUUAAUAUUAACAUAUUUAGUGCCAGUUAAAAUGUUGCUUGGAUAUAUGCCGACAAAGCAGCUACUGCAAAAGUAUGACUUACUUCAAUUCUGGGAUUUAGUAUCUGUUGUUAAGAAUGGAGAUCUACGAGGAAUUGACAAAGUCAUGGAAGAGCAUGAGAGCUUUUUCAUUAGAGCUGGUAUAUACUUGAUUGUGGAAAAGUUGAAGAUUAUUGCAUACAGGAACUUAUUCAAAAAGGUAUACUUGGUGGAAAAUACCCAUCAGAUCGAUAUUGCUAGUUUCCAAGCCGCUUUGCAGAUUAUGGGACAAGAAGAUGUUGAUUCUGAGGAGACGCAAUGCAUUGUUGCGAAUCUAAUUUACGAUGGAAAGAUAAAGGGGUAUAUUUCUUAUCAACAUAAGAAAGUUGUUGUUAGUAAGCAGAAUGCAUUCCCUCCUCUUACUUCCAUUUAAAUACGUGAGAAAUGGAAGUGCUUUUUCUUUCUUUUCUAAUCACACUACCGUAAUAUGGUUCAAAAGUGCGAAAGUAACAAUAAGCUAAAAAGGUAAGAACACAGGACUAAAACUGAUUUAUAAAAGAGAGUAUGUUAAAUAUGUUUUAUUAGGUCAUGUAUCUAAAAUCUCCAUGUAAGCGCCUAGUAGAUAUCAAACCAAGAUUGGGUACUUGCAAAAACAUUGCGGGUCACCUAACUCAGUUAGCUGAAAUAUUUUGAGUCUCUCGCACGCGUGUCUUAUACCAGCGUGACCAUGGUCGAGUUUUUGAAAUUUGACUAGCCAGAAAAAAGUCGCUAUUUAGUCG